AUGAGCUCAAUUGGCGAUAAUUACACAAUACAAAAAGUUUCAUUAAAGCGAACAAGGCAAGCUUGUGGUCCUUGUCGUCGGAAAAAGGCACGCUGCCCAGGCGAGAAACCGUCAUGCUCGUUAUGCCACAGGCUAGGGCAACGCUGCUCAUACGGACCGCAGCCAUCCCAUGCGAAGAACCACUCGGUCUCGGCUCCGGUUCAGAGCCAGGAAACACAGCACAGCACCAAUGAGAUCCAAGGGGAUAUCCCGACCUCUGGGCGGCUCCAGCGCAUCGAAGAAAGGCUAGAUAUGAUGGCACUUUUACUCCAGUAUGCAAGAACCUUCGUAUCUAAGCCCGAGAAGUCACUAAUCAAAGGCUCUUCGCAUCCUCCAGAGAAGGCUUACCAAGGUCUAAUUCAUUACGAGAUGCAUCGACUCAAUGAUGAUCGCGGGCUGCAAGAGACUUCCUAUGACGACUUCGAGAUGCUAGGUUGCCCAGAGAGCCACUCGCUGGCCUCUCAGGAAACUGGUCUUUCGGUUGCAUUUAUCGAGCAGGAAGUGGAAACUUACCUUGCGUACUUUCAUGACCAGCCAUAUUGUCCUUUCUCAAAAGAGUGGCUGUUGAUACAUAACAGCUCAUUGCCACCAGAAGUCGCAUUCCCAUUAGUGGCCCUCACUUUCCGUCUGUCUCGACGAUGUCGGGGACCUCUACAUGACAAUACUGACAUGAAAACGAUAUCGGAGAAGGCUUGGGACCUUUUAUCAAAUCAAUACAAAGACGGCAAAAUGGGUCUUUCAUUUCUUCAGGGUACAUUUCUCAUGGCCCAGGUAGAUUUUGCUGACGGAAAAGCUCAUCGAGGCUAUGCGUCGGUUGCCCUUGGAUUGCGUGCCAUUCAAUCCGUAGGGUUGAAUGAAGCAACGUACUCGUAUCUCUCAAAUGACCCGGAUAUUGAAACAAGAAAGCGCAUUACUUGGGCCUUUUUUAUGCUCGAUCGCACUUACAGUGCUUCCCGAAAUUAUUCAUUGUCCCUGUCGGACAAGCAGUUCACACUUCCAUUUCCUUUCCCAGAGACGGAAGCACCAUUCAGUGAUAAUGGGUCACCGACCCACGGGUCUUUGCAUGAUGGUCCUGGAAAACAAGGGCAGAAGGUUGAUCAUGGUAUUCUCGCAUGUCUCCUGAGGCUGUACUCUUUAUGGGGCAAAACCACAGAGUAUGUCUUUGAACCCGUUACCGAUAACUCGUUACCUCCCUGGCAAACCGGCUCAGCUCUCGCGAUCCUGGAGUCAGAAUGGUUGCAAUUUGAAACACACUUCGCAGACGCGCAUCGAUAUAUAAAUGUUGAUUUCAAAAGUCGCGCUCGAGAAGAUCCACAAUCACGUACAUACCUAUCGACCUGGAUGUGUGUUCAAUUUCUUUUCCAUUCAAUCCAGUGUCUGCUGCACCACCCAUUCGUGAUCAUGACCAAGCUUCGCAACUUCAACGGAAAUUUGUCGGCAACAUUUCUGCAAAAGUCCUUUGAGACAUCGCUCCUCCACUCUCGAUGGAUAGUUCGCUUCAUAAAGGAGAUGUCAGAGGUCAACUUUGAGACCUGUGAUCCUUUUCUGGGAUAUCUGGCUGCGAUCGCAGCAACAAUUCAGCUCGAGCAUACUGGCAGCAAAAAUCCGCAAAUUGCGCUUCUGCUCAAUAAAGAAUUUCGAAUCCUUGUUGACUUCAUGACGGAGCUGUCUGUGCAUUGGGAAAACAUGAGCGUUUUGGUUAACAAAGUGAAUGACCUCGCCGCUCGCCAUCAAAAUUAUGGUUCACUCUAUUAUAACCAGGAAGGUUUCUCGGGCGCUUUAUCCAAAAUGCCAACCCCGUCGAAUAUGCCAAGAAUGUCCGCAGAAGACGAGAGUCUGAUGUGGGAAAUCCUCGAUUUCGGCUGCUCAUCAGGGGGAGACGAGGCAAUGAAGUUCGGGGAUUUGGCGAUCCCUCAAGAGAUCAAAAUGCAAGCAAAUAAAGGGCAUGUCGCACAAAGCAGGACCUCGUCGAGAACCCAACGGGGAAGUCAGCAAAACAACAAUGAUCAGAGAGGGCGAGUGUCCCCAAAGCUUCCAAAUUUUGACCAAAUAUCCGAGUCGAUCAACGAAAACCCUUUACCUGAGUGGCCGUUUCAAGCGAGGGGCAAUGAUGAUGUGAUUGGGGCAGCAAUGCCGGACAUUCCAGAUUGGAUGAUCUUGGGAGAUUAUAUGGCAGAGCAUUUGUGA